GAAUCGAGCGGCGUAGGUGUGUCAGUGUUCGGCCUUCCCCGCGAUAAUGCUGUUGUCAUCGAGAUGCCGAGAUUCACACGUAGACUCGCGCGACUCCCAGUGUUCUGAGUCGCGAUCACGACUUACAUUCCUUCGAGUAUCUUUUGGACGGUGAAUAAAAUAAACAAUACGUAAAACUACGAAAGACUGACCGACAGAAAGAAAGAGAGAGAGCAACUCAACGUACAUCUCGUGCUCUACCAAAAGAAGAUUAGAAGAGGAACGAGAGUGUUCGCAAAUUUUUCUUUUCUCUAUCACUCUCGGUUUCUUUCUUCUUCGUUUUUUGUCUUUAUCGAACAAACGAACGGCAAGCAUAUCGCGAAUAUUGAAGUUUCUAGAAGACAGAAAAAACGAAUCCUUUUUCUGUCUCACUUUCUCUCUCUCUCUCUCUCUCUCUCUCUCUCUCUCUCUCUCUCUCUUUCUCUCUCUCUCUCUCUCUCUCUCUCUCAUUCCUCUCUCUCUCUCUCUCUUUCUUUUGCAUCAAUCGGUUUUCAUUUUUGGCGAAAUAUGUACGCAAGAAAACUUGCCUGAAUGAAACCGAAACUACGAACCGGGAAAAAGGGCAAGAUAAUUGCUUGAGUUCCCUUAAAUUUUGAUUAUUACUAUCGCCGUGCUUUCUGUUCUGUGCUAAGGUCCUCGUUGAUUGGACGUCAACAGAGACUGAGAGGGAAGGAAAGUGAGAGAGAUAGAGAUAUCGAACUUGGUACUGUCGAACGGCACAGGAGUAAAAUAGUAGUAUAGCGCAACGAUUUAGUGAAUAAAAAGUGGGAGGAGUGAAGAAUUACACAGAUGAUGGAGGGGAAACAUGACGGUGGCCGGUGUUCUGUAAGGUUUUUCACAGUGUAAAAGUGUACUCAACCGUUCUUAUUCGUCGCGUUUACUUUUGUGCGAUCGAUUCGAACGAAGAGAGAACGAACCAUAACGUAUCUCGAUUUCGAGUGGUCCAAUUCUGUUAUAGUUUCUCAUUUUUAUGAUUGUGAGAAAAAAAGGAAUUAGUGAAAGAAAAAAGAAGUCGUAUGUACAACGAACAAAGGUGAAAGGAAAAAAGAAAGAAAAGUAUUCAGUGGCCCUUCUAUAUAUUGGACAUGAGCACGACUUUUCGUGUUCGUUCGUUGUUGUCAUCGCCGUCGUCAUCGUCGUUGUCGUUAUCAUCAUCAUCAUCAUCAUCAUCAUCAUCAUCAUCAUUGCUACGGGGAAUAAGGUGCCGCCAAUACUUUCGUUUACGAUACGAAUAUCAUCGGUAGAGGAUCGUUUCAACGCAGAUUAUCCAACCGGUCGCUGCUUUUUGUGAAACGAACGUCCGAGCGUCGACAAACUCUACGAUAGCGUUAAGCUUCACGAGUACGACGUCAGAGGGGCGGCGAUACGCGACUUCCGUGCGUGCCUCUUCGCGCUCCGCCUACCAGUUACCGUCGCUAGUUCCGCGAGAGAGGACUACGUCCUCCUCUUUUUUUCAUAUUUUACAUCUUUUCCUUUUAUUUUUUUUUUCUUCUUUUUUGAAUGUCGUUCAAUUUGAUCGAUCCAACGAAAACUCGCGGACGAAGGAAGCGAAGACCAAGGAAAAUGAUUAAGUGAGAAGAGAAGGAGGAAGAAGAAGAAGAAGGAGAAGGAGGAAGAAGAAGAAGAAGGAGAAGAAGAAGAAAAAAAGAAGAAGUAGAAGAAGAAGAAGAAGAAGUAGAAGACGACGUACGGUAGAGUGGAGUAGUGUGCGUGUGUGCGUAUGUGAGUGAGAAAGAGAGGAAGAAAAAGUGAGAAAAAAGCAGCAAUAUAUAUCCCUUCGUUUCUCUACAUCACUAUUCUCUCUCUCUCUCUCUCUCGCUCUCUCUCUCUCUCUCUCUCUCGCUCUCUCUCUCUCUCUCUCUCUCUAUUUAUCUAUGUAUAUAUCUCUAUCUCUCUUGUUUUGCUAUCUCUCGCUCUCGCGCACGUGUGCUUCUUUAUAAAGUGUAGUGUAGUGUAGCGUGUGUGUGUGUGUGUUUCGUUCAUUACUUACACUCCACUGACCGAUCAUUGCUGUUGCCGCCGCCGUCGUCAUCAUUGUUGUUGUCGUCGCCGUUAUCAUUGUCAUCGUCAUCGUCAUCAUUAUCGUCAUCAACAUCGUUAUUUGUCCUUUUGCGCGCUGAAGUGAUCAGAAUUUACGGGCGUGUUAGCGAAAAAAAAGAGAAAAAAGGGUGAGAAGAAAGAAGAGGAGGUGUGGAGGUGGGAAAGAAGUGAAAAUAAAAUAGCGACAUCAAAAUGUGGAGUGCGAUGUGUGACGUGAUGCCAACGAUCGCGGAGGACAGUAUCAGCCAAAGAAGUUCGCAAUUCUCUGGCGAUGAUGCGAACUUCGAACAAUUAAUGGUUUCGAUGUUGGACGAAAGGGACAAGCUAAUGGAUUCGUUGCGUGAGUGUCAGGAACGGGUACAGGAGGCUGAGACCAGGGUGAGGGAACUUGAGAAGGAACGGGACUCGCUCAAUCGUCAAAUUUAUGCCAACAUUCCGCAGGAACUGUCACAAUUAACAAAAGAAUUAGCAGCGGCACGUGAAAACAUUUUACAGAGAGAAGAAGAAAUAUCAGAAUUGAAAGCAGAACGGAACAACACACGUCUUCUACUGGAACAUCUUGAAUGUUUGGUUUCUCGACACGAACGAUCGCUAAGGAUGACGGUCGUAAAACGUCAAGCCGCGGCACAAUCGGGCGUGUCGUCGGAAGUUGAAGUACUAAAAGCUUUAAAGAGUUUGUUCGAACAUCAUAAAGCUUUGGACGAGAAGGUACGCGAACGAUUGCGCGUAGCUCUCGAAAGGAAUACGAGCCUUGAAGAGGAAUUGGCCCAUACCAAAGAAGAGCUCCAACAGUAUAAAGUAAGUGGAAUUACGCCUAAAGCCAUAGAUGACAAACCUAAAGAAAAUGGUCAAACAGACGAUGGUCAACAACAAAACAAGAAUGAGACUGAGCAGGCUGAAAGUCAGCAGGAGCCACAACAGCAGCUUCAACAGCAACUACAGCAGCAGCAGCAGCAGCAGCAACACGCAAUACAAAAGCUAGGUACAGAGAAGCCAACAGAGAUAGCAAGCAGAUUGAGCAAUGGCAGUCUUGAUCCAUCCGACCAGGAUUCGGCAGUACGAGUAAUAGACUUGCAAGCCACUCUUGAUAAGCAGAGUACUGAGUUAAGUACAUGGCAACGGCGUGUAGCAGAAUUGAGUGGACGAGUUGCAGAAUUAGAAGAAACACUCUCUAAAACUCAGAAGGAUCUUUUAAAAACUCAGGAAAUUAAUGUUAAGUUGCAAAGAGAUCUGCGUGAAAAUGUUGCACAGAAAGAGGACCAAGAAGAAAGGAUUGCAACUCUUGAAAAACGUUAUCUCAAUGCUCAACGGGAAUCAACUAGCUUACAUGAUCUCAAUGAGAAAUUAGAACAGGAGCUUCAACAUAAAAAGGCUCAAUUAAAGCUUCAAGAAGAAAAGAUAGCAGCUAUACAAGAAAAAUUGGAACUUGCUGAACAAAAAUUAACCCAAUAUGCUAAGUUACCUGAAAUGGAAGAACAAUUGAAGCAGAGGAUGGAGGCUCUGACCCAGGUGAGGAGGCCCAACCAGCAGGCCCAGGAGAGGCAUGGUAGUGCAGAAGAUAGAAUACAAAGGUUAGAAGCACAAUUAGAAGAGAAAAAUGCAGAAGUAAUGCGUGUCAAUCAACGACUUAAGAUGAAUGAGGAACAUAAUACUCGAUUAAGUGCAACCGUUGAUAAACUUUUAUCUGAAUCUAAUGACAGGUUACAGACACAUUUAACAGAAAGAAUGGAAGCAAUAGAAGAAAAGAAUGCGAUAACGCAGGAACUUGAAAAGACAAGGAAAAUAGCUGAAGAUUUACAAAAUGAAAAAGCAGAUAUUGUUAAAGAACUAGGAAAAGCACGUCUCGAAAUUGAUAAUGUGAAGAGACAAAUGCUUCAGCAAGAAAUUGCUUUUAAUAUUCAACAAACGGAUGCAUUGACUAGAAGUCUUUCUCCAAAUGCUGUGGAUCCUGGCUCAUUUUCUAGAAGUGCAAGUCAUAGUAGUUUUGACACACAUUCAUUACCUAGGAGAGGAGGCAAAAGAGCUGUGAUAGAAGAGGAUGCUUCAAAGAAUUAUGUAGUACGUACUCUUGCGGAACAAGAAUGGGAAAAACUUCAACAAGCUCAUGUUCUAGCAAAUGUGCAACAAGCAUUUGAUGUUUCCAGCGACGCUGAAGGUGACGGUGAUAAUGAAAGUAUCUUCAGUUGUUCGGCAGAGGUAAUUAGUCCAGCAGGACACACCGAUGCUCAAACACUUGCGCUAAUGUUACAAGAACAAUUAGAUGCUAUCAAUAAUGAGAUUAGAUUAAUUCAGGAAGAAAAACAGAAUACCGAAGCACGAGCAGAAGAAUUAGAAUCUCGAGUAGGUAGCUUUGAACAUAUGAAUUUAUUAGCAAGAGGACGCAGUCUCGAGCGAGCGUCACCUCCAUUAAGUGGUCGCUCUACACCAAAAUCACAUCACAGCCCUAACAGAGAUUAUUUACACAAAUAUCACACAGCACCAGCAUCAAUGUCUCCUGCUCAUUUACAUCAGUAUGCUGCAUCCCUUGCUAGUCCUGGACAACUUUCAGAAUCACUUCCUGCAAGCCAGUUGCAGUUGUCUGGAGAAGAACUGCAUUCAGUGAGUGAAAGAGACAGCGUUGGUGGUGCUGGAAGUGCUAGCAGCGAUGCCGCUUCCCCAUUGACAGCCAGAUCACUCAGAUUAGAACGUGUUGUGCAAGCACUUGCUCAUAGCCAGGAAGAGCUAAGAAGCAGGCAUGGACAACAUAGCAACGGCGCACUCAAUUCUGGGACUCCUCCUUCCCCAUUGUCCUCACGCCACAGUAGCCAGGACAGUUUACACAAGAACAAUCUAUCCAGUGUUGGACUACCCAUUGGACAAUUGUCGAGUUCGCAUCUGCACAUGCAAACAACCAUGAGUCCAGCAACAGCAGCUGCAGUGGCAGCAGCUCAGAAGAAAAAAGGCAUAAAGAGCAGUCUUGGUAGAUUUUUCAGUAAAAAGGAAAAGAUAAAAGGAAAGGAUACAACGAUGCCUGGAGAUGUACCUGGUAUGGGAGGUGCGAGUACACCAGCAGAUCCUGAUUAUGGAGAUAGCGUCUCUGUGGCAGGAACAUUAGGGAGCAAGAGUGAUUUUGAUCGAAGAAAAAAGAAAAGUCCCAGUAUGUUUGGUAGUAUGCUGGAUUCUUCACGACAUGAGCUAUUGGCUGAAGCGAUGAAAGCUGGAACACCUUUUGCUCUUUGGAACGGACCAACUGUUGUUGCUUGGCUGGAGCUUUGGGUGGGAAUGCCUACCUGGUAUGUUGCGGCAUGUCGAGCUAACGUCAAAAGUGGUGCUAUAAUGAGUGCAUUGAGUGACACCGAAAUACAACGUGAAAUCGGUAUCAGUAACUCUUUGCACCGAUUGAAAUUGAGACUAGCUAUCCAGGAAAUGGUGUCACUUACAAGUCCAUCUGCACCUAAAACUUCUCGCACAACAUUAGCUUUUGGAGAUAUGAAUCACGAAUGGAUAGGAAAUGUAUGGUUGCCGAGUCUUGGAUUACCCCAAUAUCGAUCCACUUUCAUGGAGUGCCUUGUUGACGCUAGAAUGUUGGAUCACCUCACUAAAAAGGAUCUGCGUGGUCAACUUAGGAUGAUUGAUAGUUUUCAUAGAACAAGUUUGCAGUACGGGAUUUCGUGUUUGAAGAGAUUAAAUUAUGACAGACAACAGUUAGAAGAAAGAAGAAGGAUGGCAGAAGGAGCUAAUGUAGAUGUUCUUGUAUGGAGUAACGAUAGAGUCAUACGAUGGGUGCAAUCAAUCGGUCUAAAGGAAUAUGGAAACCAUCUCUUAGAAUCUGGAGUACAUGGUGCCCUAAUUGCUUUGGAUGAAAGUUUUGAUGCAAAUAGUUUUGCUCUCGCUUUGCAAAUUCCUACACAAAAUACACAGGCAAGACAACUUUUAGAAAUGGAAUUUGCAAAUUUAUUAACGGUAGGAACAGAGAGGCGAACGGACGUUUCUAAUAUGAAAUCCUGAUCCAACUCGUCAAACAGAUUGCCCCAUCUUCAACCCCAUCAUGUCUAGUCCAGAACCCCAGCUAUUACUACUGUCUGUACGCAAGUGUGUUGUAAAAGUUGUAAGAGCUUCAAGUAACAUCCAAAAGAUAUCUUCGUAUUGUUACGCCAUGUGGCACGCGGUAAUAAUAUACAUAGAUGCGUGAACGUAAAAUUGUAACGUAAAAACGAUUGUAUUUAUUGUAUGCUCAGAAGUGAGCUCUUAAAUGUUUCCUUCAUUUGUAUGAUCGCACAUUUAAUGACGUUCCGCGUGCCAUAUAUUUUGACAAGAAAUACCUACGCGUAAAUUAUUUUCUUAUAGAUACUGAAAUGUAGGAGGUGGUCAUGUGUCGCAUCUGCAUUCAAAGGAAUUGCAGUAUAUCUCCUCGAAGGCCAAAAUGAGUUGAACACAAUCACGACAAUAAAUCCGCCUCAUUUGACUUGUUAUGUUUUUACGGGUAACAGAUCAAUUGUAGUUUUAGUAAGAUAUUGUUACAUGGCACUUUAGAUAUUCUACUAUUACUAUUGCACCCUUCUUGUAUUAUAUCGUGUACUUAUAUAAUAAUUCUGCAUAUAAAAGCGGCUUAUGUUGUCGUAACUAGCACAAAAUGAAUGGUUAAAAGAAAUUCACAAUGAUGCAGUAUACACUCGGGGAAUCGUUAAUAUUUUAUAUACAAAGACGGGGACUGCAUUCUAUGUUUCUGUGUCUGUAAGAGGACAAUGAUGAGCCGACAAGUCUAUAUGUAUCUUACUUUUCACAAAUGGAACUUUAGAGUAUUUGUUCUUCUUUCUUAUUUCGAUGAAUUUUGAAUGUUUGUAGAGUCACGUAUAUAAUAAAAAAAUACUACGUAUUAUAAAUAAAAUUCAACAAGUAACUAUUGCAGAUAAGAAAAGAUCUUAUCGAAAGAAAUGCAAUUACAUAGAUGCGUUUAAGAAGCUAGCCUGUUAAGAAAGACUCUUAUGAACAGACAUUUUAUACCAAAAUAUGUGCGCAAUGUAUAGCUAAGUGUUUAAAACGUUAUUAGGUAUCCUAAUAUGAAACGACGUUUAAUGUUAAUUUAUAAUUGUCCUAUCAAGGGACCGUAUGUUAUCGCUUUCAGGUGCAUACCAGUAAUAAAAAUGUGCAUAUAUACCAGUAAAAAUGAUCGUAACGAUGAAGAAA